CUUCAAUUUUGAAAAAGAAAAAAGAAAGAAAUAAAAUUCAAAAAAAACAUUUUAGUUUCUUUCUCUCUCUCUCUCUCUCUCUCUCUUUUGAAUUCUUUCGCUUUGUGAAAAACAGUCGCCGGAAAUGGUUGUGCCGGAGACAGGCCUACUUUCUCAGCUAAGCUUGCCGCCGGGAUUUCGGUUCUAUCCAACAGAUGAGGAGCUUUUGGUGCAAUAUCUAUGUAGAAAAGUAGCUGGGCACCAUUUCAACUUGCAAAUUAUUGCUGAAAUUGAUUUGUACAAGUUUGAUCCAUGGAUUUUACCAAGUAAAGCAAUAUUUGGUGAAAAAGAAUGGUACUUUUUCAGUCCUAGGGACAGAAAGUACCCAAACGGUUCAAGACCAAACAGAGUUGCAGGUUCCGGGUAUUGGAAGGCCACUGGAACAGACAAGGUGAUCACCACGGAGGGUCGUAAGGUUGGGAUCAAAAAAGCUCUAGUUUUCUACGUCGGAAAAGCCCCCAAAGGAACCAAAACUAAUUGGAUCAUGCACGAGUACCGCCUCCUAGAACACUCGCGAAAGAACGGAAGCACUAAGUUGGAUGAUUGGGUUUUGUGUCGGAUUUAUAAGAAGCACUCAAGCUCUGAUCAGAAGCCUACAACAAGCGUUUCGAGCAUAGAACAUAGCAAUGAUUCAUCGUCUUCGUCCCACUUAGACGAUGUGUUGGAGUCACUGCCGGAGAUUGAUGACCGAGUCUUCACUUUGCCACGCACGAAUUCUCUUAGAGCCCAGCAACAAGACGACAAGCUCAUCUUUCAGAAUCUGGGUUCUGGGAAUUUCGACUGGGCGAGUCUUGUACGCCUCAAUUCGGUGCCUGAUCUCGCUGAUCUGGAUAAUCAAGCUCAGGAUCAGACUCAGGGGCUUGUCAACUAUGCCAGUAAUGACAUGUAUGUCCCUUCUAUUCCGCCGCUUUGCCACGUGGAAUCGCCGCCGGAGAAGUUCCGGACCUUGGUGGACGAGGAGGUUCAGAGUGGACCCAAAACUCAGCGGAUCGAUAACUCGGGGUUCUUUCGGCAGAACUCGAACGUGUUCACUCAGAACUAUUCUAACUCGCUUGACCCUUACGGGUUUAGGUACCCGAAUCAGUCGGGUGGGUUCGGGUUUAGGCAGUGAAAAAGUUGAAUAAAAAAAAAAAGAGUGCAUUGCUUUUAGAACAGUAGGAUUUCUCAUUUCUGUAUAUAGUUUUGGGAUUCUUUGGGUUAACAUUAUGGCUUUAGAUUCCAAAAGUGGAAAGUUGGAACCUUUACUGUUGGGGUAUGACGCCAAUGGGGCAAUGAAAAUUUGCCACUUUUUUGCUGGGGUAGGAGCAUUGAGGAUCAGAUCCAAAUGUACAAAAGGAAAACAAAAAUCUUUGUACUAUUUAAUCCAGAUUAAUUCGAAUUUGAUUUCCAGCAAGGGUUGCAAAA